AUGGCGUGUGCGCUAGUGCAAGUGAUGUACCGUAGUGUGGUGCAGCUCGUUACAGGCCUGCGCUCGCAUGACAUUACUCUGGCACCACGCCGGCCAGACGUUGGAUUAGAUAGUCAACCCUCAAGAUUGACGGAAGCAAACUCGGUCGCGGGCUGCGGCCCUACGAAGGAUGCCUCGCGCAUCGUGGGCGGCACCGAAGCAGUACCUCACUCCUUCCCCUGGCAGGUUGCUCUCUUCAUCGACGACAUAUACUUCUGCGGUGGCUCGCUGAUCAGCGACGAGUGGGUGCUCACAGCCGGUCACUGCUUGCAUGAGGCCCAAUCGGUUGUAGUGGUUGCAGGCGCUCACAACAUCCGAGAAGCCGAACCGUCUCAGGUAACAAUGACAUCGACGAACCUGAAGGUGCACGAGGAUUAUGGCCCCGUUUUUUUGAGGAACGAUAUCGCUAUUCUCAAACUGCCCAGCCCAAUUACCUUUAAUGAGUUCAUUGCCCCCGUGUGCUUGCCUACGAGGAGUGACGCUAUCCUGCCAGCGGGCACCAGCGUUACGGCCUCCGGCUGGGGGAGGAUCCAAGACGAUGCAGUGAACGUCAGUGACGUGCUGAACCAGUCUACCAACGACGUCAUCACCGACGAUGAAUGCGAGGUCUACUACGGCGCUAAUACCAUCAACGGUGGUGUUGUCUGCACCGACACUACCGGCGGUCACGGCACUUGCUACGGUGAUUCUGGCGGACCUCUGAACUACCGCACCGGAGGCGUGACGGUGACCCGAGGCGUGACAUCGUUCGUGUCCGACGGAGGAUGCGCAGGAGGUCUCCCUGACGGCUUCACGCGUGUUCUUUACCAGCUCGACUGGAUCGAAACCAACACCGGCAUUAUCAUCGACAAUUAAACACAAUUGUCGCUCUAAUAAAGC